AUGUUAAAGUUGGUAUCAAAUAGUUUUAAUAGUAGUAGAGUGGUUGGUGAUUCAAUUAGAAAAUGUUUUUAUUUUAGUUCAAGUUUAUCACAUUUUCAAGUGGUGAACACCGAUCUAAAGAAGAAAAAGCUAAUGAAGGAUUCAUAUAUAAAGUUGACACAGUCAGAGAUGAUAGAGAGUCAACGACAACAAAAGAAAAAGAGAGAGGUAGAGAAGAAGGAGAUCGAUGUAGAGAAGAUCAUGAAUACACAAUACUUUGUUGAUGAGAAUUCCACAAAGAACGAUAUAGAGUUUGAAGCACAGAUGAAACGACUGAUGAUCGAACAAGGCACAGAAGAGAUAUCCUCUGUCAAAAUCCCAAGAGAAUUAAUUGAACAAAUCGAUUUCAAAAAGAGAUACGAUCCCGAAGUACUUAGAUUCGCAGACUACUUCUUUUCACAUCAAUCAAAGCUCAUCACCAUGGCAAUCAAAUCAGAGGAUUUUCCAGCAUCGCCACUCCCACAAAUAGCGUUCAUAGGUAGAUCAAACGUUGGAAAAUCAUCACUUUUAAAUACAUUAUUAGGUGACCAAAUGGCACAUGUAUCAAAAACACCUGUAACUAUUAAUAACUAUAAUUAUGGAUGUACAAAAUCAAUUAAUUUCUAUGCAUUGUGGGAUAAAAUUAUGAUGGUAGAUCUUCCAGGAUAUGGUUAUUCAAAGGUUAGCAAAGAUAAAGCAAGUGUUUGGGGUAGAAGUAUAUCUGAAUAUUUAUUAACUUCACAUCAUUGCAAAUUGAAUUUAUUAUUUGAAAAAACUAGAUUAAAGAAAUUAUUUUUGUUGGUAGACAGUAGAGUUGGUUUGCAAAAGAAUGAUAUAGAGGUGAUGAAGCUGUUAGAUGAACAUAGAGUUGCAUUUCAGGUAAUUCUAACAAAGAUCGAUAAGGCUACCACCACUGGUCUGAAGCGAUUCUACAACCAGGUCAAAGAGGAAAUCAUGAACAAUGUUAGCUGUGUGCCAAACAUCAUUCAAUGCAGUUCAAAGGAAAUGAAAGGUAUUCAACAAAUUAGAUCGGUCAUCCUUGAAGUGACAAAUUUUGAUAAGGACAACUUUAAGAAUCAGCGUAAUACUUUUAUUAUGCCGGAAGCAAGACUACCAAAAUUACCUUCUUUACCAAAACAGAAUCUAUCUUCAACAACAAAAACAUCAAAAACAACAAAAAAACCUACUGCUCCAUCCUCCAAGAACAUCAAAUAA